UAACAUAGUAUUUAAAAUUAUAGUAAAUUGUAACAACCUUUGGCCGAAUAACAAUUAAAACUUUAAAAAAUCAAUACUUAUUAUUAUUAUUAUAAAUACGAUCCAAUCAGUAUUUUCUAUUUCUAGCUUAAUGUUGUAAUGGUCUUCCUAUUGUUCAAUUUGAAAAUGUGACCUUAAAAAGCUUUAAAAGUUUUAUAUAACACGAAUUUCUAAGUUUAUUGCAAAAAUAACCAACGGACGACUCAGACCGAUUAUUAAAAAAUUAAAUACCGGGAUUAAAAUUUGCCAUAAAAAGGCGGUAUCCCGGGAUCCCGGAAUCCAGAUAUUGGAAGCCCUACUAGACACGAGCUAUGAGCCAACGAGAAGUCAAUGACUGCAAGAAUACAGUGUGCGCAUCGGCUACACAAAAAUGGGUAAAUUUCACACACCCAUCCUACCAUCUCACACGAAAUGUAUCUAAGAAUGUUUCUACGUAGGUUGUCUAAAGUAUGUUCAAGGCCCAUGUUUGAAUUGAAGGCAGUUGCGUUUCUUUAUUGCACUGUAAUCCGAACUAAAGUGUAAAAGUCUUGACUAAGCUUUACUUUCACGAUUUCAUAUUUUUGGACCCAUGGUUCAAAAGGUAGAGGGGUGGGGGACACAAUUUUACAUCUCAAGACUCAUAUUUGUGUUGAAAGACCUAUCCAACGACAACCCACACUAUAGGAUUGAAGCGAAAAAAAACAUCCCUAAUUUUCGUGUAGGUACGGGAGCCACCCUAAAAAAACAUUUUCCUAGUUUUUAUUUUAUGACUUUGUCGGCUAGUCAAACUAAUUUAUUUAUAUAUUCGAGCCAAAUUUUAGCUUUCUAGCGCUAACGAUCACGGAGCAAAGCCGCGAACGGACAGACGGAUAGACAGACAGACAGGCGGACAUGGCCAAAUCAUAGUUGACUACGGAAAACUACCCUAAAACUAUGCUGACCUACCCCGCGACUCAAACUAUCUACAUAGCAAUUUAUUGGUUCAGAGGUUUAUGUGUGAAGAGGUAACAGACGUACAGACAGACAGAUAAAAACCGCAGAAAAGUAACGUUCGCUAUCAGUUUCGUAAGAUCGUUUCUUAACUACCGAUUUUAUCUAUAUCAAUGUACUACCUUCAUACUUCAUCAUUCAUCAUCAAUCAUCGCAAUAUCCUGACAAGUAAACACUAUGUUUAAGUAUCAUCUCCUUGCGUCGUUGUCACUUUUGGGUUCAUUGUAAUGGCACGUAAUGGUAUGCUCACUCACGGUUACGGCGGUUACGUUUAAAAUUUGUGUUUUUUACGACUCUUAUUUUUUUGCUUAAGAUUUAUCAAAAUAAACUAUGUAUGGCUUCAGUACGUAUGGGUAUGAAUUUGAAAUACCCCGUAGUAAAACCCCGUAGUCACUAGACAGUGACCUUAACUCCAUUAUUAGAAUAACCGGCCAAGAGCGUGUCGGGCCACGCUCAGUGUAGGGUUCCGUAGUUACUCUUCCGUCACAAUAAGCUAAACUGGAGCUUAAAGUAUAGUAAAUUGUUAACCAAGGGAUGAAACGGUACCUUUCACCCGAGUUAAACAAAUAGCCAAAUUUGCAUAAUCAGUACCUAAUUAAAGUAAGUCUUUUUACUAUGAAGGGAAACCUUUUUGCGAUAACUCAAAAACAGCUAAACUGAUCAUGUCCGCUAUAGUUUUCAUUUAAUGUCUUUCUUAAGCUCUACUUCCACGAUUUUUUUCAUAUUUUUUGGACCUAUGGUUCAAAAGUUAGAGGGGGGGGGGACACAUAUUUUUUUUCUUUCGGAGCGAUUAUCUCCGAAUAUAUUCACUUUAUCAAAAAAUGUUUCUUAAAAACCCCUAUUAGUUUUGAAAGACCUUUCCAACGAUACCCCACACUCUAGGGUUGAAGCGAAAAAAAAAUUUCACCCCCACUUUACGUGUAGGGGAGGUACCCUAAAAAAAUUAAAUUUUUAGAUUUUAUUGUACGACUUUGUCGGCUUUAUUGAUUUAUAUAUCCAUGCCAAAUUUCAGCUUUCUAGCACUAACGACCACGGAGCAAAGCCUCGGACAGACAGACAGACAGACAGACAGACAGACAGACAGACAGACAGACAGACGGACAUGGCGAAACUAUAAGGGUUCCGUUUUAUGCCAUUUGGCUACGGAACCCUAAUAUUAGAAAAAACUAUGAAAUACACAUUUCAACAGUUCUCAAUACAGAACCCGUGUGAACGAGCACACUCUUAGUCACUUUAUAUUUCCUAUAAAUUCCCGUUUGUACGAGGCGUGGCACAGUUAAUUUACGUUUCCUUCCUAUGAUUACUGUCAUGUAGUUCACACCUACACUUGGCAGGUACUCUUUUUAGUCAUCAUAUGUCGAGUUAACGUGGUCUUUAUGUUCACCAUGAAUUUCUCUCUACCAUAUUUAUUAAUUAGUGUUUUAACCAAGUUCAAACCCAAUUUGGUAGACACAGCUUCUUUAAUUGCAAAUUCUGAGUUCGAAUACCGAAAGACAACUUCAGUAGUAUGGCAACAAGCUGAUUUUGACCAAGUAACAAAAUUCCUGUCAAUUUACCAAGGAAGUGUAGAGAUAAUUAAUGUGUACAAUAACCAGAAUCGAUCUAUAGACAUACAACAAGCGAUUCUCUUUGUAACGUCAUCCUACGAAUUCCAUAAAUUCGUGGCGAAUAUACCUAAAAAUGUUAGUUCUCCGAGCAAAGUCGUAACAGUUGUAACGAAUCCCAUCCCUGAUCUCAGUAAUAUUACGAAGAUAGCUUGGAAAUAUUAUAUUACGGAUUUUAUAAUACUGAUUCAAAAUGAGAACCAAUCUGCAGCAUACACGUACUACCCUUACAGCAAUAAUGAGUGUGGAAACACCAGCCCUCUUAAAGUGGACGUCAAGGAAAAAUUUUUCCCGAGUAAGUUUAAAAAUCUUCUUGGAUGUGAAACUCGGGUGGGGACCUGGGCAGCAGUUCUUAUGCCCUACUUUAAAGUGAAAUGUGUCAACGGUUCAUCUCCUUUCUUUAAAGGAAUCUUUGGUAACCUGUUCAUGAUAAUAGCCCAACAUAUGAAUACCACAGUGAAAGUGUUUUGUAUGAACUACAACGACAUAAUAUAUACGUUGAAUGAAGGAAAUAUCCAUGCCCUCACGCCAACCAUACUCUUCGAUUGGCAUACUUCGAUAUACCAGACUACAGGAAUAAGUUACUUCUUUGAGGUGGUUUGGUGUGGACCUCCGCAGCGGGAAAUCCACGAUUGGAUUAAAGUGUUAGUGCCUUUCAUGAACAAAAUUAUAGUUCUGCUCUGUACCACAUUCAUAGCGCUUGUAGUGCUACUAAAGAUCAUUAAUAAGAUUGAACCAAUCAACAAAAAGAACUUCCACCUAGCCUGGAAUAUCUUAGCGAUUCUCUUAGGGCAACAUGCUAAAUUUGCAACAAAAUCUCGCUUGAUGAAUUUCCUUUUUGCGCUUUGGAUUUGGUUCAGUAUGGUGGUAAACACUGCUUAUAACGGACUAUUAGUAAAAGGUUUGCAGACAAAGGACAUGGAGCCUCGGUUCGACACAGUACAGAAUGCUGUUAAUUUAGUAGAGGGCUAUGGAGGAAUCGGGCUGUAUAAGGAAUGGUAUAAAGGCACGCCUAUUUGGGACAGGUUUGAGAAAAUCACCUUAGUUGAAACAGUCGAAAACCUGAUCCGUAUAUCGCAGGGAAAGAGAUAUCUCCUUUUGACUGAAAGAUUGGCGUUGUUAGGAUAUCGUUUACAAGUGCUGGAGGGCACCGCAGGUAUCGAGGCUUCCACGACACUCGUUCGCGCCCGAUGGGGAGGGGGAGUAAGAAUAAAAACCGCGCAAAGCAGGCUGAUAGAAGCGGGUUUUUUACAGAAACUCAUUCGAGAUGAGGAACAUGCGGUUGCCAAAAGGGAUGACAAGCUGAGGAGAAACUCUUCUGACACGGACGCUGGACAUUUAGACAUCAUAAAGCUUAGCUCUUGUUUCUUUUUUUUAGGGAUCAUGUGGCUGGUAUGUUGUUUAACUUUACUAUUAGAAAUUGUUCAUAAUUGGCUCCAGAAGCAGAAAUCCAAAGGAAAAUUUCAGGCUAAACUGUUUUAAGUAGGUAUUUAGUAGUAACCCAAAGAAAAAAGUCCAUACGUAUGGACAUUAUAUUAGUCACCCAAUAAAAUCGUUGUUCUAAAAGUGUUAAUAAAGUUUCAUUUAAUAAAACAAUUGUUUUAUUUAACUAUGAUUUCUAAAAACGUGUCAUUUAUGUCUGCGACAUUGUUGUACAGUAUUAUAAAUCAUAAUAAUGUCAAACGUUGUCU